AUGCACCUCCCAGAGGCUCCCCAAGUACUAGUCGACCAACCGUUGUUGUGGCCCCAGCAGGAGUUAGCUACUCCGCCAAGUCCAGAGAAACAGUCAGCAUUCAUCUGUAAAUGGGAGAACUGCACUUCAACCCACGUCUUCCGCCGGGAAAUCGAUCUGAUACGGCAUAUCAAGACCAUUCACGUUGCGCCACAGGCGUUCCUAUGCCAGACUUAUCUCCGUGGUAAAGCAUUUUCGCGCGGGUUGGUCCUAUUCCUGUUAUCUCACAUGCAACUAGAAGCAAAGAUAUAUUGA